UGCUUUUAUAGUGUAAAGAGUAUUCACAGUAAAAUCAUGAAAUUCUCGUGCUAUUUCAUUGUUUUCUUUGUCACGGUCACAAUAUAUACAAGUGGUUGAAUGGAUAUAUGUGUAUACAACGGAUAGCGAUGGAAAUUAAUAUAGAGAUUCAACAUCAUGAAGAAACUGUCAUUGAAGUUUUUCCAUCUGUAUCUGAUUUAUAUGUCUGCACUAUUAUCCUGUUACAUAACUGUCAAAGGAUCAAAAACGUGUGCUGAAGUAUACUCGAGUACGAGUUCACACCCAUCUAGCGGCACUUAUACACUUGCUAACGCUCAAGGACAACCAUUCAGAGUUUACUGCCUAUUUAAAAGCGGUUAUGGCUACGCUUUUAUCUCAAACACUAUAAAUGUGGACCCAAACCUAGCCCAGCUGUUUACCCAGAAGACCGAGAUUCUUAUCAGACACAAACGCACGAACGGACAGCAGUAUGACGCCACAGUGGCACAAAUUACCCGCUACUCGAGCAAGAAUCUCGGCAUCUUGUACAAUUCCUAUUCAGGGUAUAACGUAAUAAGAAAUAGUCACAUGACCCCGUAUCUGUACGUCGGUUUCGUACCCAAGGCCGGAGUCAGUCAUUACCAUGACACGCAAGGCUGGAGAGUCCAGGGGAGAGAUUUUACAUUUCGGAACUGUGACGGCAACCCUAACAGUUACUUUACACUGUUGUAUAAUAGUCAGAGAAAAGCCUAUGGAAGUUAUUCGCACGGGAAAACAGAUUUAUUGCACGUGUGGUACGAUUAUGCGACCGCUACUAGCACGGCAGACUACAUUCCUGAUGAAUUUUUCGCUAGCCAAUUUGAGAUUCAUUUUGGUGGUUGUGGUGGGUAUCAAACCUCGACCAGCUUUUCCGGUGUGGCCGGCGCCUCCAUUGGUCUGAAAUUCAUACUGUCGUGUGGAACACCGGCGACAAUUACUUCCGGUUCACGUUCUCUUACCGGAACAAAUCCUGGAGAUACCGUCACGUACAGCUGCAAUGCCGGGUACACAAUUACCAGCGGAAGUGCCUCUCGGACAUGCAGUGGUGGUGUUUGGAGUGGGAGUCAGCCGACCUGUGGAGAUAUCAAUGAAUGCGCAAGUAACCCGUGCAAAAAUGGUGCGCAGUGUGUAAACGGUCAGAAUAGUUUCACGUGCAACUGUGCUUCCGGUUGGACUGGUACAACUUGUACAGCAGAUGUAAAUGAAUGUGCUAGUAACCCGUGCAAGAAUGGUGCUGCAUGUGUGAAUGGGGCAAAUAGGUACACCUGCACAUGUACUGCAGGAUGGUCGGGGACAAAUUGUGACACCGAUGUCAAUGAAUGUGCAAGUAAUCCAUGCAAAAAUGGCGCGCAAUGCACGAACGGGCGGAAUCAGUUUACGUGCACAUGCGCUUCCGGUUGGACAGGAACAACAUGUACAACAGUAAAUGGUGGCUGGUCUAACUGGGGUAGCUAUUCUAGUUGCCCUGUCACGUGUGGAACUGGGUCAGUUACAAGGUCAAGGUCAUGUAACAAUCCAACGCCAGCUCAUGGAGGAACAACCUGCUCUGGAAGUGCUACUGAAACUGGCACGUGCACGAAACCUGCAUGUCCAAUAAAUGGUGGCUGGUCUAACUGGGGUAGCUAUUCUAGUUGCCCUGUCACGUGUGGAACUGGGUCAGUUACAAGGUCAAGGUCAUGUAACAAUCCAACGCCAGCUCAUGGAGGAACAACCUGCUCUGGAAGUGCUACUGAAACUGGCACGUGCACGAAACCUGCAUGUCCAAUAAAUGGUGGCUGGUCUAACUGGGGUAGCUAUUCUAGUUGCCCUGUCACGUGUGGAACUGGGUCAGUUACAAGGUCAAGGUCAUGUAACAAUCCAACGCCAGCUCAUGGAGGAACAACCUGCUCUGGAAGUGCUACUGAAACUGGCACGUGCACGAAACCUGCAUGUCCAAUACUGUCAUGUAGAACACCGGAGAAAAUUACUUACGGUUCAACUUCUCUUACCGGUACAAAUCCCGGAGAUACCGUUACAUACAGCUGCAAUUCAGGCUACACAAUUACAAGCGGGAGUGCCUCUCGAACAUGCAGUGGUGGUAUUUGGAGUGGGAGUCAGCCGACUUGUGGAGAUAUUGACGAAUGCGCCGAUGGUGACCAUAACUGCUCUUCAGAUGCUAAAUGUGACAAUACGCCCGGCAGUUUUACUUGUACUUGCAAUUGGGGAUAUAACGGCAAUGGAGUUUCAUGUAUUUCGCAGUUACGAUUCCAGUGUAACCCCGAUAACAGUAUUAACCUGUUCCAUCUGCCGGAAGAUAGUUAUUUAUUUGCCAUGCAGGUCGUCGAGAACGGAAAUUACAUACCUUGUACGGUGCACGAUGAAAAUGCAACAACUGUGACAUUGACUAGAUGUUCAAAGGAUGAGGAAAUUAUCAUUACAUACGGGUCGUACAGUGGAGUGGUUACAUACAAGGUACAUGGCGGCAGAAAUCUGGUGAUCAUAAAAUUUAUUUGUCUGGAGAUUUCCGAUGAAGGAGUUAUUCAUUCAAUAAACAGUUCUUUUUCAACACAGCUAGCCAUAGACGAUGACAUCAAAAUCGAUCCUAUAUACAGCGUGAAGUCAUUACUAAGUGCAGCUUCAACAACUGUGGGAAAGGAAAUAAUUUGGACCAUACUCUUUCCAGAACACUAUAGUUUAGAAGUAAGUAGCUGCACGGCGUAUCCAGGUAACGAUGACUCAUCCGCGGACUAUGUCAGUUUGAUCUCUAAUGGCGGAUGUGUGGUCAUCAAUGACCUCAUUAGUCACUUUGACAUUUAUAGUAAUGGAACUGCUUCUGCCAGAUUAAAUACCUUCAAAUUUUACGGCUAUGAGAGUGUAUUCUUGAAAUGUAGUCUGAAAAUCUGUCCAUCCGAAACAACUCCUACAGCUUGUAUGACGACAUGUAGCCGAGAAAAAAGAAGCGUUCAAAUGAGAGCGUCAAGGCGACCAAGAUCGGUACUUCCGGUGACAAUAAGCAACUUGCUGUAUGUAACUGAGGCAUACACUAGCGGGACCUUAAAAUGUAUACGUGACUUCUCCACAACAUCCAUGUUUUGUGUGAUAAUUGUUUUGACAAGGACUACACGAGGAUGGUUAUGAUUAUUGAGAAAACUAUUUUUAUAGAAACAGAUGAAAUAUAUAUAUAUA